AUGCCGAAAAUAUUGUCUGAUGACGACAUAAAAAAUGCACUGGACGAGUUAUUUGGCUUACCUUACGACCCCGACAUUUCGGAAGACGAAUACGAACAAGAACCGGAUAAUUUAGAUACGUAUGAAGGUAUGACGCUAUAUGAUAUUCUUAGUGGUGCGAACGAAACCGAUUCUACCCAGGAGAAAAACGACUCUAAUUUAGAAGAAUCAUUUAAUCAGCCGUCAACAUCUGGUCUACAUUUAGACAGCCGCAACAAUGAGUCUACUCAGGUGACACACGACUCGGACGACGAACGUGAGACAUCAAUUCAUUCCUCAACAUCUGGUCUUCAUUUAGACAGACGCCGUAACCGUUUACUUGACUCUCCUCCUGAACCACCAUUCAGCCAACUUCCUACAGCUGUUGAUACAUUUUCUGAAACUGAUGAUUCGAAUGGUGCAGAAGAUCAGUGGAAAAAAGUUAUCUGGUCUCCACAACCAAACAUGGAUGAUUUUGACCGUGUUCGUUUACAAGGAACUCAAUUCCUUUCAUCCCAGACAAGGCCUACAACAUAUUUCACACGUUUCUUCGAUGACGAUAUUUUUACACAUAUUGUAACACAAACCAAUCUCCUAUGCAGAACAAAAUCAAAGUCGUAA